CGCACCCUUAUUUUCGCGAUUCUUUGCAUAUAUAACCUUUACUUCUCGUGCUUUUGCAGUCAUUACACGUCCAGCAACUUGAUAUAUAUAGACCAUGACACUUCCAAUGCUUGAAUUUCACAAACAGAUUCUUGCCGAUCUUGUUGACGAAGAUGCAUUACUGAUAAUGUCGCCUGGUUUGGGUCUGUUCAAGGUCCUCACCUCAUUUAUUGAAUUACACACCAAGGGCAAUCACUUUGUAUUGGUCUUAAACACCAGUCAAGCACAAGACGCAGCAAUCGUUGAGAAACAAGCAGCGAUGGGCUUACCACCAAGCGAUCGAUUGCAAAUUGUGGAUAAUGAAACUACGUCGGAAAGCAGGAGCGCCAUGUAUCGCAAAGGCGGUGUAUUUUCUGUAACUUCGCGAAUUUUGGCAGUGGAUCUGUUACUGGACCGUGUAGCUACAGCUAUGAUCUCUGGUAUUGUUAUGUAUAAUGCUCACCGUGUGCGGCCAAAUUCGAUGGAAGAACUAAUAUUACGGAUCUACCGAAAGAAAAACGACCAAGGGUUUAUCAAGGCGUUUUCUGAUCAGCCGGAACAAUUCACAACUGGAUUCGCACCGCUAGAAAACACACUAAAGACACUUCAACUGCGUAAAGUACACCUGUGGCCGCGAUUCCAGGUACUUGUAUCAGAUAAUUUGGCACAAGCAAGCGUGGAUGUUGUAGAACUACGUCAGCCCAUGACAGACAAGAUGGAUACAAUCCAAAAGGCAUUGGUUGAAUGUAUGGAGGCCACCUUGUCUGAAGUGCGACGGCAAAAUACCAUGGUUGAUGUUCAAGAAUUUACUAUCGAAAACUCCUUUUUCAGAUCAUUUGACAUGAUUAUUCGACGACAAUUGGAUCCAAUUUGGCACCGGAUAAGUCCAGCUACCAAACAGCUAGUGGGGGAUUUAAAUACGCUUCGAAGGCUGCUAUCUUACCUGACUGCAUACGAUCCGGUAUCGUUUUUUUAUCAAUUACAAGUGGUGAUUACAAGUAACAGUGCUAAAGACGGUGCACCCACUCGACAAUCACAAUCGCAAUGGCUAUUUUUAGACGCUGCGGAUAAGGCUAUCAGUACUGCUCGAAAGCGUGUCUAUUUAAAGAAGAAUGAUACAGAAUAUGCUACCGCUGAAGGGCCCAUCGUAUCCGAUGGAAGUGCACAGAUACGACUUGUGCCUGAAGAAUUACCAAAAUGGAAUUUGCUGCAUGACAUUUUACAAGAGAUAGAGCAGGAUAUGCCUCAAAAAGAUGCACCUGUAUUGAUUAUGGUGAACGGGACGAGAACAUGCUCACAACUACGACAAUAUAUUAGUGGAAUGAAAAAACCGACAGAGGGUGAUGAGCCAAUGCCCAUAUUGAGUCGAUUGAUCCAGUGGUUCUUCAGCUUGCAAAAAAGUAUGUACCAGAUCCAACAAGAAGAUUCAUCAGCAUCCACCACCACAACAACAACGAGUGGAACCUCCGCAACAAAUACACAAUCACUGUCAUCAUCUGGUCCAUCCUCAAACAGAACGUCGCAGCCUGUACAACGUGGGUCAGCACCAGCAAACAAACGUCGACGCGUUCGUGGUGGAUCUGCAGCUGCAGCGUCGAGUCCGUCUUCUCGAUCACGCUCUAUCGUGGAAGCAUUACAGACAAACAUAGUACAGGAGACAGUGGACUUAUUGAAUGAUCCAGGACCACAAGAAAAAACGGAGAGCGAGGCAAUGGAAAAAGUGACCAUGGGAGAAGAUGACAUUUUGCCAGAGUUUCAGGAAGUCACUCCUGGAUCCAUUAUAUCUAUACAAACUUACGACAAUGAUGUAGACGAGGACCUUUUGGAGGACUUGCAGCCAAGGUUUAUCAUAAUGUAUGAUCCGAAUCCCACUUUUGUGCGUCGUGUCGAGGUUUAUCGAGCAAUGCAUCCGGAACUUGAUGUUCGAGUCUAUUUCAUGAUCUACGAAAAUUCUGUCGAAGAGCAAAAUUAUUUGAGCAUGAUCCGUAAAGAAAAGGAAGCAUUUGAACGGCUUAUUCGCGAAAAGUCUAUCAUGGCCAUCCCUAUGCCACAAAGGGGAACACCUCAGCAAGACGCUUUUGCGCGUGCGGUUAGCACGCGUGUUGCUGGAGGUCAGCUUCGCACCAAAGGACCUCCUGUGGUUAUUGUGGACAUGCGUGAGUUUCGAAGCUCCUUGCCUCCUAUACUUUAUGCUGAAGGACUGAAAAUUAUACCAUGCACCCUGCAAGUGGGUGAUUACAUUCUAAGCCCUACCAUGUGUGUGGAACGCAAGUCAAUCCCAGAUCUUAUUUCCUCGCUCAACUCAGGCAGACUAUAUACUCAAUGCGAAAACAUGUGUCUUCACUAUGAAACGCCCAUCGUAUUGAUCGAGUUUGACGAGAACAAGUCCUUUUCCUUACAAAGCUUGUCGGAAAUGAAGUCCAGCGUAUCAAUCACCGACUUGUCAUCCAAGCUGGUCUUGUUGACAUUGACGUUUCCCAAAGUGAAGGUCAUCUGGUCUUCAAGUCCACAUGAAACAGCCGCUGUGUUUGAUGAGCUCAAAAAAAGUGAAGAGGAACCCGAAGUAGAAAAGGCAGUUUUGGUCGGGGCAGAGAGCACCGACGAUGUGAACAGUGCCUACAACAUGACACCCCAGGAUAUACUGCGCAGUCUGCCUGGUGUAACGUCCAAGAACUACAAGAUCUUGAUGAACGCUGUCGAAAACUUACAGCAGCUGUUUAGGCUUUCUGUGGAGGAUCUGAAGAAGCUGAUUGGCGAAGAGCCAGCAAGGAAACUGCAUCAAUUCAUCCACCACCGAGCUGGUCAACAGCCACAAUAGGCCAACAGGCAGUAGAGGGACAACUAUAGUAGAUAAUGCUCUAGUGAUGUAAAUAAGUAGUAGUAGCACUUGGAGAGAGUGAGAACGACAUAAAAAGGGCGGUGGUUGCACGACAGCCAUUUAGGAUGAG